CAUUUCGAGACUGUAAUGCGCGGUAUUUUACGUGGUACAUUAUACUGUGCUUUGUGUUACGGUAGUAUAGUAGCAGGCUUCUUAUUCAUUGCCUGUCCGCUUCUACCAUUAUUGUUAUUUAGUCCGCCAAGAUUUCGAAAAUGUGGAGACCUCUUAUUUUCGUGUUGGGAACUUUAUCCUACCGCUCUAUUGAAUGUGUUCGGCGUAAAAAUCUAUGUGUCCGGUGAUCAUAUAUCCCCUCAUGAGUCGGCUGUGCUCGUGAUGAAUCACAGAACAAGAGUAGACUGGAACUUCUUAUGGGCGGCAAUGUAUCAAGCAUGUAUGCCCAAUGUAGCUUGUCAUAGAUUGAAAUUUAUUUUAAAGGACCCUAUACGUCAUAUUCCUGGUCCUGGUAAGGCAUUUUCAUUUCUUCUCGUAUAUAUGAUGUUAGAUUCUCGUAAUUGCUGAUACAAUUGCUGGGAAAGUGAUGAUUUUACAUAAAAAAAUAAGUCAAAAAUAUAAAAUAAUAUUAUUUUAU